AGUCACUGCGGUGAGGCUUUGCGACACUGGCUGUAGGAGUCACGGCAGCUGGCUAGAGCUUGUCAGCUGAUUUACUGCACCGGAGAGUGGGGCACAGGGGCAGAGAGCCCUGGGUACCCCCUUCCCUGCGAGCAGGGGCCAGGGCCGGGCCACGCACCACAGACUGCGGCAAGGUCGGGUCUUGCCUGUACAGGAGUGAAAGCAAAAUGGCAGGAAACAGCCUUGUUCUACCAAUCGUGCUUUGGGGUCGCAAAGCUCCCACACACUGCAUAUCAGCCAUACUGUUAAUGGAUGAUGUUUCAAUGAUUGUCACAGGAUGUCAUGAUGGACAGAUAUCUCUCUGGGACCUUUCAUUAAAUCUAGAAAUUAAUCCCAGAGCGCUGCUGUUUGGUCACACAGCUUCAAUUACAUGUUUGUCCAAAGCCUCUGCUUCCAGUGAAAAACAGUAUAUAGUGAGUGCAUCUGAAAGUGGGGAGAUGUGUCUGUGGGAUGUGAAUGAUGGGAGAUGUAUAGAAUUUACAAAACUCGCCUGCACCCAUACUGGAAUACAGUUCUACCAGUUCACAGUUGGGACUCAGCGUGAAGGCAGGCUACUGUGUCAUGGCCAUUACCCAGAAAUUCUUGUUGUGGAUGCUACCAGUCUCGAGGUUCUUUAUUCCUUAGUGUCAAAGAUUUCUCCCGACUGGAUCAGCUCCAUGAGUAUUAUUCGAUCCCAUAGAACACAAGAGGAUACUGUCGUAGCAGUUUCAGUGACUGGUAUUCUGAAAGUGUGGAUUGUAACUUCUGAAGUUAGUCGGAUGCAGGAUACGGAACCAGUAUUUGAGGAGGAGUCUAAACCAAUUUAUUGUCAAAACUGCCAAAGCAUUUCUUUCUGUGCAUUUACCCAACGAUCACUUUUGGUAGUGUGCUCCAAAUACUGGAGGGUUUUUGAUGCUGGAGAUUAUUCCUUGUUAUGUUCAGUUCCCAGUGAAAAUGGACAAACGUGGACUGGCGGUGACUUUGUAUCAGCUGAUAAAGUGAUCAUAUGGACAGAAGAUGGACAAAGUUUUAUUUACAAACUACCAGCCAGUUGUCUACCAGCUAGUGAUACGUUUCGCAGUGAUGUGGGAAAAGCUGUUGAAAAUUUAAUUCCUCCUUUACUGUUCAGUGUAUUGGACCGAGCAGAUAAACAGCUGCUUAUCUGUCCCCCUAUUACUCGAUUCUUCUAUGGACGCAGGGAGUAUUUCCAUAAACUUCUAAUCCAGGGAGAUUCUUCAGGGAGACUGUGUAUUUGGAAUGUGCCUGAUACACUUGAACUGCAAGACAACACAGAAGGACUCCAAAUGACAACUUCAACUUCUCUGCAAGAAGCUUUUUGUAAACUUACUCCUCGUCCUGCUGGAAUUAUAGACCAAUUAAGCUUAAUACCAAACAGUAACGAACCACUUAAAGUUACAGCCAGCGUGUAUAUCCCAGCACAUGGACGCCUGGUUUGUGGUCGUGAAGAUGGAAGCAUUGUUAUUGUGCCAGCAACUCAAACUGCAAUAGUUCAGCUUCUGCAAGGAGAGCACAUGCUCAGGAGAGGUUGGCCACCUCACAGAAAUCUCCGGGCUCAUCGGAACAAAGUUACAUGUUUACUGUAUCCUCAUCAGGUCUCAUCUCGUUAUGACCAAAGAUACUUGAUCUCAGGUGGUGUGGAUUUCUCAGUCAUUAUAUGGGACAUCUUUUCUGGAGAAAUGAAACACAUCUUCUGUGUCCAUGGUGGAGAGAUUACGCAGCUUCUAGUUCCACCAGAAAACUGUAGUGCAAGAGUCCAGCACUGCAUCUGCUCAGUAGCCAGUGACCAUUCAGUAGGACUUUUGAGUUUGCGAGAGAAAAAGUGCAUUAUGCUGGCAUCUCGUCACCUUUUCCCUAUUCAAGUAAUAAAGUGGAGGCCUUCAGAUGAUUACCUGGUGGUGGGAUGUGCAGACGGAUCUGUGUACGUCUGGCAAAUGGAUACUGGUGCACUGGAUCGUUGUGUGAUGGGGAUAACGGCAGUCGAAAUCUUGAAUGCUUGUGAUGAGGCAGUUCCAGCUGCAGUAGAUUCCCUUAGUCACCCAGCCGUCAAUCUAAAACAGGCUAUGACUAGACGUAGCCUUGCUGCUCUAAAAAAUGUGGCCCAUCAGAAACUACAGACUCUUGCUACUAACCUUCUGGCUUCUGAAGCAUCUGACAAAGGGAAUUUGCCUAAAUAUUCACACAAUUCUCUGAUGGUUCAAGCCAUAAAGACUAACCUAACAGAUCCAGAUAUACAUGUGCUCUUCUUUGAUGUAGAAGCUCUGAUUAUUCAGCUACUGACUGAAGAAGCCUCUAGGCCUAAUACUGCACUCAUUUCCCCAGAGAAUUUACAGAAAGCAUCUGGCAGUUCUGAUAAGGGGGGGUCUUUUCUGGCUGGCAAACGAGCAGCAGUGCUCUUCCAGCAAGUCAAGGAAACGAUCAAAGAGAACAUAAAAGAACAUCUUCUUGAUGAUGAAGAUGAGGAUGAAGAAUCAAUGAGACAGAGAAGAGAAGACAGUGACCCAGAAUAUCGCUCCAGCAAAUCUAAACCAUUAACCCUGUUAGAGUAUAAUCUAACCAUGGACACAGCAAAGCUUUUUAUGUCCUGUCUUCAUGCCUGGGGUUUGAAUGAAGAUCUAGAUGAUGUUUGUCUUGAUCGCCUUGGCAUGCUUAAACCACACUGUUCUGUGUCCUUUGGUCUGCUAUCUAGAGGAGGCCACAUGUCUCUGAUGCUUCCAGGAUAUAACCAGUCCAUAGGCAAACCAUCAUACGGUAGUGUGGAAGUAGGAAGGAAAAUGUCCAUUACAGAGGGACUAGGAAGGGGGACAUAUGGAGUAUCACGUGCAGUCACUACUCAGCAUCUCCUGUCUAUUAUCUCUUUGGCGAAUACUUUGAUGAGUAUGACUAAUGCAACGUUUAUUGGAGACCAUAUGAAGAAGGGUCCAAUCAGACCUCCUAGGCCAGGCACCCCAGAUUUGUCUAAAAUGAAGGCUCCCCCACCCGCUUCCAGUAAUGCAGCUCAAGGGCAAAUUAAACAAGUUGCUCCUGCUGUUUCUUCUAGCACUGAAGCUGAUCGCUCUGGCUCUGACCCUGCUCCUACUUUACGUAGCUGUUUCUUAGUAAAUGAAGGAUGGAGUCAACUAGCUGCUAUGCAUUGUGUUAUGCUCCCUGACCUGUUGGGACUGGAGAAAUUUAGACCGCCUCUUCUUGAGAUGCUAGCUCGCAGGUGGCAGGAUCGAUGCUUGGAGGUAAGGGAAGCUGCCCAGGCCUUACUGUUAGCAGAAUUGAGAAGAAUUGAACAGGCAGGGCGGAAAGAAACAAUUGAUGCUUGGGCUCCAUAUUUACCACAAUAUAUUGACAGUAUUAUAUCACCUGGAGUGACAGCGGAAGCCAUUCAAACUGGUAGUGCAAGUCCAGAUUCAUCAGGGUCAGAAGUCAAAGUUCAGGAAGAAGAGCAUGAUCUUGUUGAUGAUGACAUCACAGCAGGUUGUCUGUCUGCUCUCCCACAAAUGAAAAAAAUAUCUACAUCUUAUGAAGAGAGACGGAAGCAAGCCACUGCUAUUGUCUUGCUAGGAGUGAUUGGAGCAGAAUUUGGAGCUGAAAUUGAACCUCCAAAACUGUUGACGAGGCCACGCAGUUCCAGUCAAAUUCCUGAGGGAUUUGGUUUAACUAGUGGUGGAUCAAACUAUUCCUUGGCAAGACAUACUUUUUUUAUCCUGUUUUGUAUGGUAGGUAAAGCUUUGACAUUCCUUCUGCUGCAACCACCAAGCCCCAAACUUCCUCCACACAGCACCAUCCGCAGAACUGCCAUUGAUCUGAUUGGGCGAGGUUUUACAGUAUGGGAGCCUUACAUGGAUGUCUCCGCUGUAUUAAUGGGCCUUUUGGAGCUCUGUGCUGAUGCUGAGAAGCAACUUUCAAACAUCACAAUGGGGCUGCCUCUGAGUCCAGCAGCUGACUCCGCCCGCUCUGCACGACAUGCUCUCUCACUCAUUGCCACUGCCAGACCACCCGCCUUCAUAACAACUAUCGCCAAGGAGGUGCAUAGACACACUGCGCUGGCAGCAAACACUCAGUCUCAACAGAAUAUUCACACCACAGCUCUUGCUCGGGCUAAAGGAGAGAUCCUAAGAGUCAUCGAAAUACUAAUAGAUAAAAUGCCCACAGAUGUUGUGGAUCUUCUUGUAGAGGUUAUGGACAUCCUCAUGUACUGCCUUGAAGGAUCCUUAGUCAAAAAAAAGGGACUUCAGGAAUGCUUUCCAGCCAUCUGCAGGUUCUACAUGGUCAGCUAUUAUGAGCGGAGUCACAGAAUAGCAGUUGGAGCUCGCCAUGGUUCAGUGGCCCUGUACGACAUCCGGACUGGAAAAUGUCAGACUAUCCAGGGCCAUAAAGGGCCAAUAACAGCUGUGGCUUUUGCUCCUGAUGGACGGUACCUUGCCACUUAUUCCAACACAGACAGUCACAUCUCCUUUUGGCAGAUGAACACCUCUCUUUUGGGAAGUAUUGGAAUGCUGAAUUCUGCACCUCAGCUCCGCUGUAUUAAAACAUACCAGGUGCCUCCUGUCCAGCCUGCCUCACCAGGUUCACACAAUGCACUCAAACUGGCACGGCUGAUCUGGACUUCCAAUCGCAAUGUUAUUCUUAUGGCGCAUGAUGGCAAAGAACAUCGAUUUAUGGUCUAGAGUCAGGCUCUCUAUUGCUAGAAAUACAUUUUUUGUUGUAAAAUUCCCUAUAAUUCUCUCUUUCUCUGUUCUUUUGUAACACUGGAUUACCUACACCAGUGCCUAUAUAAAUCAUCCAGUGGGACCAGCCAGACUGCAACAUUUCUGCAUGGUUCCCUAGAGCAUUUGAAUCUUGCUUGUGCCAGCUAUUGAUUCAGAGGUAUGCCCACCAGCUCAACCAAGUGUGGUUAUUCUAUCAUCAUGUAGUUUUUCCUUGCCGUUGAUAGGAGGGACGAAGAUGGCUAUUGGGAAUGCUCUUGUUGCUUGGUGCAACAGAAGCUGAAAAAAAUCAAUAACACUGAGGUUGCACUCCUUGACUAGAUCAGCCUUUUCUGAAGUUGGGCUGAAUCAAGUCACUUUUACAUUUUAGAUUGAAGUAAUGCAGAGCAGUCCUAAUUAUAAAUAUUAUUUUCCUUUUGAAGUUCUUAAAGAAUCUUACUGUUUACCAAAAAGGUUCCAUGUUUACAUGUACUUUCUUCUAGUGACUAAGGGGUGAUCAUUGGGUGAGGUGUCAUAGGCUUUAGCAGUUAGCCUCUUGGGGAUAACUGGCAUGGGAUUCAUGAGCAAGUAUAUGAGGAAUUAGGUUUUCAGGACAAGAGUAGCCUUUGUUCUCAUUUUGAAGAAGCAUAUUUCCUCAUAUAAAGUUUAAAUUCUUGAUUGAAUUGGAAGUUAUGGCAUACUAGGUCAUUGUUUUUGUGACCUGGAAGAAAGAAUUGAGCAGUCCACAUGUAAAUACCAAGAAUCUCUUAAAGAGGGGAAAAGGAAACUUGAAAAAAAGAAUACUUAUGCACAAAGGUGUGUUUUUUCUGUAUUCCCUUUGCUUCCACUGCAGAUAUUUAUAUUUUAAAAAGAGCAUUCUCUUUCCCACUUGUGCUGGAACUUGCAGGGAAAUGAGAAUCCUGCAUUUAUGCCAUCACAUCCUGUUGCUGUAUACAUUAUUGCAGUGUUGCAAACUCACAGUUUGGCUUCAUUGAAGGAUUGAGUAAAAAUGCAAAUACACUUGAUGAAAACACAGAUAUCGCUGAUAUUGAGCAACUCAAAAAUUAUGGAAAAUAAGUAAAAGGUGAGUUCAUUGGUAUUUGAAUCCAAUAUAUUUAAACAUUUUCCCCAGUAAGAGAAUUCUUCUGUAAUGUUGUAAUUGUUCACAUUUUCCUUCUUUCUUACAUAUCUAAUUUUGUGAAAUAUGUAAUAAUGUGAAAAAUAUGCUGGUUUAUGCAUAAAGUAAAAAAAAAUCCAUAAAAUACUAUUUUAUUUAAAUGUAUCGAUAUAAGUGUUUGUACAGCUUUUAUUUUCUUUGCCAUUUUUGUCUGGAAAGCUCACAAAAGAGAGAAGGCUCACAUUAAAUGAUGACAUAUAAAGUUAAAGGUGGUACUUGCCAGAAAAUCCAACAGAAUGGGAAUAAAUGAACAAAGAAAAUAAUGGCUUUUAAAUUUCAAAUGGAUUUUUUUCUAGAGGCAGUCUGUAUAGUACACUAUACAUGAAAGUAGGAUCUACAGUCCAGAAUCAACAUAUCUGUUGUUUACUAUAGUUUUUACAAACAAAGUAAGAAAUUAAGACCAUUAGGAAUGUUUAUCUCAUAUUGCUGUAAAUUUUAUUCUUUCUAAGUAUGGCAAGGCUGAAGUAUAUAGUGGUGGUAAAAUUCUGUACUAGAAUUUUUGAUGCUUUUCUUUAAAGUAAACUUAUACAACAUGCAUGUACAUUGUAUUUAUAAAGAGAGAGAUAUGUAGGUCUCCAUGACAAGAAGCAAAGAAUUACACAGCAUAUACACUAUUUGUCUGUAGAAUCAAAUGCUAUAGUGCUACAUUUAAGUAUAGGCAUAUGUGGCAAAUUAUAAAGUACAUUUUAUUCAUUCUUCCAUAGGCAUUCCAAAGUCAUAUUUACUUAUGUUAUAAUAUUUUUCAAGUACAUAUAUGUUUACUUUUAAAAGCUAAAUGGAAACACAGUAGCAAUGGGUAUGCUAAAGAAGAUUUUCUUUAGUAUGCAGUAAAAUUACAUGUGUAAUAAAAAGUUUGCUUUAAACUAAAAAUUUAAUGGAUUACAAAAAAUUGUGAAAGAAAGGGGGCAAUCUACUUCCAGUACUGAACAAUAGUUAAAUGUAGCAAAAGCUAAAUUAGCAAAAUGUUCACAAGAUUAUGACAACUUCUGCAAAUGUUUUAUACAAUACAUCUAGAGCAACAGUCAGGAUUACAAUUUAAUGUGGAGUUUGUGUUACUUGGCUAGAAAAUGCAGUAAUGCUUAGUGGGUGGAAAUAGAUUAUCUAACUGCUUAACUAAUAUUUGCACAUUAGUUAAACACAAAUCUCCAUUUCAGUGACUUUGUCAACCCUACUCCCAAAUUUCAUCACAGAUUAGAUUUCUCAGCACUGCAGUAAAAUUUGUGUUGUCAUUCCAGUGUAAGCUUUUAGUAUUUUAUUGAUUUGUUAGUACUGUAUUUGGACUUGUCCUUGUAAAUGUGGAGACAUAUGUGGCUUUAUUGGCGGUUUACAAGCUAAAGAUGACAUGAUGAGAUAACUGUAUGAAAAUAUUGUAAUGAUUGAAGUCACUGUGUACGGUAAAUGAUGAAAAUGUUUGCCUCUCAAGAAAUUUCUUGAUGAUUCCACUUAAAUGCUACUGUAUGUACUAAUGCUAUGUACAUAUGUUUGUGAAAUAAAAACUGAAUAGUAUUGAA